GGUUUUGUUAAUAAAUUAGACUAUAUACUUACGUCUUGACAGAUUUUUUUGACCACUCGCUAAUCAUACUAAAUCUGCUCUAUUUAACGGUAACAUGAACGAAGUGAUUAAUCCUUCAUCUUGCGCAGUUGGCGACCGUUUUAUCCCUAACCGUUCCUCUAUGGACACGUGUAUUGCACAGUAUAAUUUGACCAAAGAGAACGAGGGUAAUGUACAGGUAUCCUGCUCGUUGAAGCAGCUGCACGAUACACUGGCUGAAUCUCUCUUUAGUAGCACGACUUCGAUAGAGCAGUGUAAAAUUAUGUGCUUGAAAAACAAAGCACCGGAACCCAGAGCUGGAUACGAGAACCGUUUGAAGGUUCUCUAUUCCCAAAAUCUGGACCACAGUAGCGUAUCGCGCUACAACACGCGUCACAUUCCAUCUCAGGCUGAAAAAAUAUUGGACGCGCCAGACGUGCUAGACGAUUAUUACCUUAAUCUAUUAGAUUGGAGUAAAGACAAUCUACUAGCAGUUGCACUAGGUUCGGCCGUUUAUAUUUGGAAAGCACAGACAGGAGAGAUUAUUCAGCUAUGUGAUCAAGGCAGUUCGAAAGUGACAUCUGUGUCUUGGGCACAAGGUGGCCAAUAUCUAGCCGUAGGAACGGAAAGUUGUGAUGUAAUGCUAUGGGAUGUUCGAGCUACCAAAUUGUUGCGCAAUAUGGAUGGUCACCAGGCACGCGUUUCGGCACUUUCCUGGAACGGAUCGACUUUGUCCAGUGCAGGUCGAGAUUGCCUAAUUUUGAAUCACGAUGUUCGAGUUCAGCACCAUUUGAUAAGUACGCUUCAGGGCCACACACAGGAAGUUUGUGGAUUAGCAUGGUCACCCGAUGGAUCACAGCUAGCUUCUGGAGCCAAUGAUAAUGUUAUGAAUAUCUGGGAUACAAGCGAUCUGUCCAGAGCACGAUACACAAUUACCGAACAUCAAGCAGCAAUUAAAGCCCUAGCAUGGUGUCCUUGGUCGGCCAAUACUCUCGCUUCGGGUGGCGGUACGGCAGACCCCUGCAUCCGUUUUUGGAAUACGAGCAGUGGGGCGUGUCUUAACACAAUCAACACCGGAGCCCAAAUCUGUGCCCUGCAAUGGUCCAGUCAUUACAAAGAGAUCGCUUCAUCACAUGGAUGGAAAAACAAUAUUUGUAUUUGGAAGUAUCCCUCAAUGGUAAAGUGUGCCGAGUUGACUGGACACACAUCCCGUGUUUUGAACAUGUCACAAAGUCCAGAUGGAACGACAUUGGUUAGCAUAGCAGGCGACGAAACACUCCGAUUUUGGAAAGUCUGGUCGUUGCCAUCUGGAGCAGGCUCUAGCAAAGCAGCUGCUAAAACGCAAACCGGUAUUCCUACCCGAGGCAGCACGAUAAGCAAAAUUCGAUAGCCUUCAAGCAAGGAAAUAUUACCAGACAACUUUUUGAUAUACUAACGUUUUUAAUUAUUUGUAGAUAUGACGAUUAGCCAGAUUGUAAAUACUAACAUUUUUGUCAGAAAUAGGAAUUUCAAGAGCAGAAGCACAAAUGCCUCUGCCGUUUUUUGUAAGUCAAAGCAAUAAAAUGUCUUUGUCCGCGGCCACC